UAGUUAUAGUAUAUUUUGCCGAAGAAAUAUUGAUGAUUAGCUGUGUAUCAUGAAGGUAGCAUGUGAUUCAUGUCAGUUCCAUAACUUUUUUAAUCAGAUGAUAUCAGUCCAUACACAUGCUGCAACACAACGGAACGGAGUUGAGCUGAUACGAACGAACGGAACGCGGACUCCAAGGCAAAAUCAAUAAUGCAGAUUUAAUUACUCUCUUCAAGUCCGUAGCUCUGCAAAGAAAGCGUCUGUUUGUGUGAGUUGACAGUUGACACACUGAGUGUGAGAGAGAAAGAGGCAUGGGGAAAUCUACCUCCUCCUGCUUCAAACUCAUUACAUGCGGCGGCGGCGGCGAUGCGGUGGAGAACCACGCAUCUCAGUUCCAGGAUUCUACUGAUAAGCGUGGUUGGAGUUUCCGCAAGAAAUCUUCAACGCAUCGUGUGCUUAGCAAUACCGCGACUCCAUCUUCUACUGCUAAUAAGGAGAGUUCACAAUCUAGUAAUUUCAAUUUUCAACCACUUCCUGAACCUAAUCUUGUCAACAAGAUUUCCACACCAAAUCAGAAACCCCAAGUGUCAGAAACUAAUGUCAUUGAUGAUGCUGAGAGUAAUAAGGUGGAUGUGAAGAAUCCACCAGAGUCUUCUGCUGCCACUGCUCAGAGAGAACUGCUGCAGGUUGAGAGUAUAGUGAAGUUGCAAGGUGCUGUUCGCGGGUACUUGGUUCGGAAGAAUUCUGUGGGAACCCUACAUUGUGUUCAAGCAGUCACAAAAGAUGUGGAUGAGAAAACCAAAGAUUGUACUUCUGACAUUGACUCAAAGCCCACUGUUGGGGAUUCAGUUUUGCUUACUGAGGAUGAAGGGAAGGGGAUUACUUAUGAGGAUACUAACUUCAAGUUUCAAGCAAGCAGGCCCACAUUAUCUAUUGUAAAAGAUGACUUGGAACGGGCUCCUGCUGAAGAGGCAGUUGCUUAUGAUGAUGCUAAGGUAGCCUCGGCGGAAACUGAGUCCUUCCAAAAUGAAAAAUCAGUAUCAGAAGCAAGUGCCCCACCGGAGCUUAAUGUGAAUUAUCUUGAUCAGAAGCCUGAAAUCCCCGGUGACAAGCAAAAAAGAUCUAUUAAAGGAUUUGUCUCGGACCAACUAGAUGCUGAAGGAAAGAAACCUAUAAAUGGAUCAAGUAAGGCCAGUAAUCCUGUAUUUUUUGCUGCACAGUCGAAAUUUGAAGAGCUGAGUUCAAUGUCAAAUUUAGGUAGGACAAGCAGUUUGCCCUAUCAAGAUGCUGCGAGUGAAUUUGAAUCACAAGGAGACACCUCUUUUGUCGUCACGGAUACUGUACAUAGAUCAAAAGAGUUAACAUCUGAAAAUCCGGGUCCCCAUCUUUCAAGGGUUAGUGGCUCUGAAUGUGGUACUGAACUCUCUAUAACUUCCACUCUUGAUUCACCUGGUGUAUCAGAGGUUGGCGCUAUGGAAAAUGAGCGAGGUGCCAAAGAUUUAGUAGAAGGGACGGGUAAUCUUGAAAACACGAUAAAGCAUGAUAAUGAGGGCAAUGUACCAUGUACCCUUCCCGCGUCUGACUUAGCUACCUCUGUUUCGAAUCAGUCAGAGAUUGUGGAUGACAUCAGUGUCAAUAUGGUUCCCUCAGUGGCAGCUGUGGACUCUGGAAAGCCUACUAUAGAAACUGAGACAAAUGCAUCUGACUUCCAGAAAGAACAGGCAGAGGCUGUUCUGCAUGAUUUAAAAUCAUCUCCCGAUGCUUCACCUAGAAGCCAUGUAACUGUCCCUGAAUCACAAGGAACACCUUCAAGUCAGGUAUCUGUGAAACCUAAAACGGGCAAAACCAAGAGUAGAUCCAGCAAUAAACGCAGUUCCCUAUCAAUGGGUAACAACUCACCUGCCAAUGCAAAUCAUGAUUCAGGCUCAAGAGGCAGUGGGGAGCAACUGCCUAAAGAUCAGCGCAAUGAUGGGAAGAGACGGAAUUCCUUUGGCUCAGUAAAACCUGAUCACAUUGAUCAAGAACCUAAAGAUAAUACUAGUAGCAAUAAUUCUCUUCCUCGUUUCAUGCAAGCUACACAGUCUGCUAGGGCCAAACUCAAUGCAAAUAACUCUCCAAGAUCAAGUCCAGAUGUGCAUGAAGGAGAUGUCCAAGUUAUAAAGAGACAUUCCUUACCUGGUUCCACAGGCAGGCAGGUUUCUCCACGAAUUCAACGAUCAAUGUCUCAAGCACAGCAGAGCACAAAGGCAAACAGUGAACAGUCUCCUCAAGAGAGGAAAUGGCUGAGGUGAAUUGACAGCUGAAGUGUGCUGACAUGCUUCAACAAUAGAGGUGGCAAUUUGGAAGUUUAUAUUUUUUUUAAUUCUUUCUUUGAAGGAUAGCUGCUCUGUUUUAUAUUCCUUUUUGGAUUUCUUGAUCCUUGAUUCCUUGUACCUCAAAUCUGAAGGUGCAUAGUUUGGUCGUGACCCGUUGUACGUAUGCAGUGCAUGUUUGGAUAUUCUUUUGCAAUUGAUUUCAAAGCUAGAAUUAUUGAUGAGGAGAAA